UCCCCCACUGCGUUCUCACCCCCGCUCUCAUCCCUCAUAUGCAACGCACUGUGGUUCACCAGCCUUGCGCUGAGUUUGUCGUGCGCGCUCGUUGCGACCCUGGUCGAGCAGUGGGCGCGGGAGUACCAGCACCGCACUACCAUGUUUUCGUCUCCCUCUGUCCGCGCGCGUGUGUACAUGUAUCUCUACUACGGCUUACGCCGCUUCAAUAUGCAUGCCGUCGUCGGCAUUCCCCCGGUUCUCUUGCAUGGGGCACUGGUCCUGUUCUUUGCGGGUCUAGUUGCCUUUC